ACAAUAGCCUGAUAUGCCAUGGCUCAGUACAAUUCUCCGACUACAGAAAAUGUAAAUAUUCAACAGAAAGAAGCUUGGCUGUACUACAGGAAGCGACAACAAUAUCACUGGAACAUAGACGAUAAUAGCACUCGCAGUAUUUGGCCUCUAAGAAAAAUUCAACGUAACCGUUACUUCUACACUUCACUGACUAAGCUGAAAAGCCUAAUAGGUUCAGUGAUAGUUGCCCGAAAGCACCUAACAUUCAAUGUACACAUCAUACCACUCGCUCAAUUGCUUUGGCUGUUAUGCUGUCUGAGCUUGGCUCAUAACUCCAUGGCGGAUUGUCCAAGCUUAUGCGAAUGCAAAUGGAAAAGUGGUAAAGAAUCAGUUUUGUGCCUUAAUGCAAACCUCUCUCAUAUCCCCGCAACAUUGGAUGCCGGCACUCAAGUUUUGGACUUGACAGGUAACGAAAUAACCAGCAUUCUUCAUGACACUUUUGCCAAUAUUAAUUUGCUUAAUCUGCAAAAAGUGUAUAUGGCCAAAUGUCGUUUAAGAUUAAUUGAACGCUACGCUUUUCGUAAACUAAUCAAUUUAGUUGAAUUGGAUUUGAGCUACAAUAUGCUGACUAUGAUACCAGCGCAGGCAUUCGAAUUCAUAUCGGAAUUACGUGAAAUCAAAUUGAGCGGAAAUCCCAUAUUUCGAGUGCAGAACGAUGCAUUCAUAAAGGUGCCACAGUUGGUGCGCUUAGAGCUCUCAGAUUGCAAGUUGAGCGUAGUUGAAGUACGCGCGUUUGCUGGUCUAGAAUCUAGUUUGGAGUGGCUUAAAUUGGAUGGGAAUAAGUUAAGUGAGGUGCGCUCAGGUACAAUCACUUCACUAGCUAACUUACAUGGUGUAGAAUUGGCUCGCAAUCAAUGGAAUUGUUCUUGUGCUUUACGACCACUCAGAUUGUGGAUGUUACGAAAAAAUAUACCAUAUGGUGUGCCACCCAUUUGUCGUGCCCCAGCACGUUUAGCUGGAAGAACUUGGGACAAAAUCGAUCUAGAUGAUUUCGCCUGUGUUCCACAAAUUAUUGCCACCGACACUACAGCGCAUGGCGUAGAGGGUCUAAAUGUAACUAUGAGUUGUUAUGUGGAGGGUGUACCUGAGCCUUCAGUUCGUUGGAUGGUCAAAAAUCGUGUUAUUGCUAAUUUGAGUGCAACCAAUGAUCCAUCCGCUAGUCCACGGACCGCUGCAGCCACUCAAGGACGCAAAACUUACGUAGUCAAUAUGUUGCGAAAUGCAUCAAAUCUAACAAUACUCACCGCUGAUAUGCAAGAUGCUGGCAUCUAUACGUGCGCUGCUGAAAACAAAGCUGGUAAAGUAGAGGCUUCAGUAACUCUUGCCGUGUCGAGACGCCCGCCUGAAGCGCCUUUAGGAGUAAAAAUUGUUCUACUCUGCAUUUUGAUUGCAUUGCUAUUCGUUGUAGGCUCAUCUUUUGCCGCUAUUUGCUUUUGUUCGUUGCGACGUAAAAGAAAGAUGCGUUUAUGGAACUCGGUACCACCAGCACGUACAGAAAGUUACGAAAAAAUCGAAAUGACAGGACGUGUAUGCGGCGGUAAUAUGGGUGGAAGUGCAGCGGGCGGUCACAAUACUCACGGUGUAGGUGGUAUUAGCGGUAACAACGGCAAUGGCAAACCUGACUUGGGUGCUUGUGUAGCCAAUGCUUCUGGCGCAAUUUUCCACAAUGAUGAAAAUGGCUAUUUGCGCAACGCAACAACUCCGCUUAACUGCGGUUCCGACGAUGGUGGUGACACUGGUGUUGCAAUUGUUAAUCCAAGCGGUGGCAGUGCUAAACGCAAUGGUGAUUAUCGUAAUAUACCAACGUACUGUGAUGACGAUGGCACUGGUUAUGAGGAUAAUGAUAAUUCGCUUCAUGCCACUACUUACCAGCACACAAAGUCCUCUUUUGCUGCUGGUAUGGCAUGUGCAGCAGCUGCAGCAACAACGACAGCAGCAACAUCAACAACGGCACGUUGGAAAGGCGCAACUUUACGUACAAGUCCAAAGGACAGCAAACGCAGAUCUACCACAGUUGGUUCCGCUACAGUUAAUACAUCAACAUCAUCAGUGUCGUCCAUGAACAACACAACGCUGGAGGAAACAGAUUUACACAUACCGCGCCUGAUUGAUAUAGGAGCUAGUCCUGAUUCAGCCUCGAGUUCAAUAUCAAGUCAAGUAGAUGCAGCGCAGCGUCUGGGUGCAGCACUUUCUCAUAUGUCCCCACCGACUUGGACAACAACGCCAAUUGCGACUACUAAAAUCACUUCACCGCACAGUAAGCACAUUGAUUUUAAAAAUGGUAUGACCAUGGGUGGCAAAAAUAAUAGUUAUUUUGGCAAUGAUGGUGUGAAUACAUCACUAUUCCACAGCGCAGAUAACACAGAACCGGAUCUUUUCGAUAGUAACUAUCCUGAUCUACUGGAUAUAGCAAAAUACGCCGUAGCACAUGCAAUAAAUCCUAACAAGUCACAACAGAACACAGCAUCAAAUACAAAUUUUGCAAGUGGCGCAUUAUGUACAUUGCCCAGAAAAUUAAAGAAUACGGGAAAAUAUUUCAAGAACUCAUCAGAUAGUCAGUCACCACUUUUGGCAGAUAAUUCGAGCAAAUAUGGCAGUAGUACUUUGGGAGAUGCUAGUUUUCUAAAUGAUAUUGCACUGGGUCGGCGUUUUUCUGCAGAGUCUACAUACUCUAACUAUGCUGGUACAUCAACGUAUACUUCAGGACAACGUUCGAAUAGUUUUCUUAGCUUGGUGCAAAGUUCGAAAAAUACCGCAGGUUGCUUACCUUUGUCUAAUACGAAAAAUUCAAUAAACAGUGGCAGACGAAAUCCCAGUUUACCUUCAUCACCAGUUCAUGAGAUGCAUCAGCAUCAGCGUUCAUUUAGCUCAGCAGCAACACCGUUACUAGAUUUUUCAUCACUCACCACACGAGCAGGUGUCUCAAACACACCGAAUGCAGCUGGCACAAGCGGACUGACACCCACAAUGCUACCUGCUAAUCCUACAUCAACUGUAUCCGCAUAUGAUUAUCAUGCUGCACAAUUGGAACGCUUCUUAGAAGAGUAUCGUAAUCUACAAGAUCAGUUGUGCAAAAUGAAAGAAACUUGCGAAACCAUACGAAAGAAAGAAGCACCCAUGCGCGUUGGAGUUGGUCAUGCUGCUCAAAUUGCUGAUCCUGUGAUGUUCAAUGCAGCAAUGGCUGUUAAUAGCCCCACGGCAAACCCAAAGACUACCAUGUUGAAAAACAAAGCAAUACUACCGGGACAACCACCAGAUCCACCGCCAUAUUGGCUCCAUCGUAAUGCCAUGCUGAAACGGCUAAACGAUUCACAGACAGACAUUUUUAAAAGCUAAUGAAAUUGUGAAUAGUAAAUAGUAAAUCUGUUGAAUGCUAGACCUAAGUUAAAAUCUGUGUAAUUUAAUAUAGUUCGAGAAGUAUAUAGUUAGAGUUAUGAAAAAGCUUUCACAUUAUUUUAUAUAUGUUAUGUAUGAUAAGGCAGUUCCUUUAUUUG